AAGCUUUGACCUCCCCGCUUGUCACGUGAGAGCAUGACAUUUCAGGUAACCCUGGCCUCGGGCAAAGAGGUGGAGACAACGGUGGUGCCUGGCGCCAGCGUCAGCGACCUUCGUCAGCAAAUUGCGGAAAAGUUGGAGCAACACCCCAAGCUGGCGGGUGGCAAACUGCAACCAGUUCCGGUAGCAGUAUCCCGAGUGUGUCUGGCUUCAUCCCGGCUGGAGAGCAGAGUAAUCCGCAGCGGAUGUCCAUUGAGCUGAAUGCUGGACGUGUUCUUGCAGAUGAGGAUGUUGUCCCGGAUGCACAGAUCACAGUGGUGCUGGUGCGCUUACCAUGGGUUGGAGCUCCAGAGGAUCAUGUGAAAGACCUCGGUGGUGGUGAGUUUGAGAUUGUCGGUGAGGAGAAGAAAGGCAGUUCCAAGUACAAUGCCCUUUGCGGUGUUGGCUUCUCCAGCGGCAAGGAAUACUUUGAGGUUCAAGUCAUUGAGGGCUCUGGCGCCUUCAUCGGCGUUACAACCAAAGCAGGCUUUGCUGAGGGCUACAAGAUCAAGGGUCUCUUUUUCGGUGGGCCGGGCAACCUGAGCAAUGGGAGUGCAGGCUUGAAAACCUCUUUCGGUGAGCCGGUGAAGAAAGGUUCCGUGAUUGGUGUGACUUUGGAUCUCACAGAUGAAGCCACGGUUGGCGUCAGCUUCUGGCAAGGUGGCACUUCUAUUGGCGAGGCCUUCAAAGGCUGUCCUCGCCAGCCAGGAGCCAUGGUCUUCCCAGCUGUUUGUGCCAGUAAGGUUCACGAUCGUUUUGUACUGUCCUUGCGGCGAAGCCCACCCAAAGAAGAGACCAAAGCACCACAUCCGGCGGAGGGAUGUUGGGAUUUGCAGCGCCUGGUGGUUGGGGGUGAACUGGUGAAUUUGGAUGCAGCGCUGGCCAUCAAGGGCAAAGGCAAGGGCAGAGGUUAUGUUGACGGAGAUGCUGCUGAGAACAAGGGCCACAUCAUCAUGAGCGUGAACAACAGGGGAGGGGGGCACACAUUUCAACUUUCAAUGCCAUUGGGGAAUAUCCUCAAUACAACCGUCCAAGUGACGAGUACACCUGAUGGCACUGAGAUGCUUCAAGUUGGUGGAGUCAUGAGCACCAUGGUGAUGUCACCUCCACCAUUGAUGGAUUUGGAGCAGAGGCUUUCUCGAGCUUUGCCCCUCAUCACGCGCUGGUCUAUCAAGGAUUCCAGAUUGGAAUUGCGAGGUGGAGAUGUUGAGCUGGAUUUCCUUCAUUACGAUGCCCCUCCAGAGGAGCCUGUGGCUGACGUCACGCUUCCGUGAACACAACUUGACACGGCUUGGAUGUAUGCUAUGUAGGGCCGCUUAAGGGUUGAGGCUUUCCAAGUUCGCAGCAUUGGAUCACAUUGCCAUUCGCUUCUGCACAGUGGUGAGUGGGUUCUGGUCAGAGGGCAUCAUGUUCGUCAGCUGCCCCAGCACCAUCAGACAGAUAGCUUAGUUAUCUUGGAAGGUACGAGCAUCAUCGAUUUGCAUCAA